AUGAAACUACAGAUCCUGCUCCUGGCUGGGCUGCUGGUUGCAUCCUGCUGCUCGGCGGCCGACAUCCUCAUGAUAACGAUGGGCGGCACUAAAUCGCACAAGAUCCCGUUCUGGGAACUGGCAAAGGGACUCGUGCCAAGGGGUCACAACAUUACGUUUCUGAACGGAUUUCCGGCGGAUUUCACACUGCACGGCCUGCAGGAGGUAACGCCAUCCGGGCUGGUGGAGUACAUUCGCAACUACACCAACUGGGAUCUGCUUGGGGCGCGUAUGCGAGGCGACUUGCCGUUGUCGGUUUGGGACGUUUUUCGGUAUCCGUGGCAGAUUUGCGAUGCCACGCUGGAGGACAAGGAAACGAUGGACCUGCUGGGGCGCAAAUUUGAUCUGCUAAUCCUGGACGGUGCCUUCCCUGAGUGUGCCCUGGGCCUGGUGUAUCGACUCGGCGUGCCGUUCAUGUACAUCAACACGGUCGGCUUCUACACGGGCACCAUGGCCCUGGCUGGCAACCCAACACCGUACUCAACGACGCCGGUGUUCUACCGGCCGCUCACCGACGACAUGAACUUCCUGGAGCGGGUGUCCAACACCGUGUGCAGAAUGGUUGCCGAAACGCUGCUUGUGCCUACCAUGAUGAUGGUGCAGCAUAUGGUUCGCCGCCAUCUAGGCUCGGACGUUCCGAGCAUCUGGGAAUUGGGCCGGAACGUGAGCUUCAUCUUGCAGAACGGCCAGGCCACCGUCACCUAUCCGAGGCCACUCCUGCCGAACGUGGCAGAAAUUGCGUGCAUCCACUGUAAGCCGGCUGUGGCGCUUCCGAAGGACUUGGAGGACUUUAUCGCUGGAGCGGGUGAAUCCGGCUUCAUCUACGUGUCGAUGGGUUCGUCCGUGAAGGCGGCCAACAUGCCGGACCACCUCCGCAAGCUGCUAAUACAGACAUUCGCCCGUUUGCCGUACCGAGUCCUGUGGAAGUACGAAGCCAGCCCGGCAUUGCUGACGGACCUUCCGGCGAAUGUCAGAAUCGGUCGGUGGCUGCCGCAGCAGGACCUUCUCGGCCAUCGCAAGCUACGCGCCUUCGUGACGCACGGUGGGUUGCUCAGCAUGUUCGAAACGGUCUUCCACGGAGUGCCGGUAGUAACGAUGCCCGUGUUCUGCGACCAUGACGCGAAUGCGGCCAAAGCGUCCACCGAUGGGUACGCGCUCAAGGUGGAUCUCGAGACGCUUACCACCGAAAAGCUGGUGCGGGCGAUCCAUAAAGUCAUCCACGAUCCCAAGUACCGCAAAGAGGCCAAACGCCGGCAGAUUUUGUUGAAGGACCAAAGAUCUACGCCUCUCGAGACGGCCAUCUACUGGACGGAGUACGUCAUCCGACACAAUGGCGCAUACCAUCUACAGUCACCGGCGCGAAACUUAAACUUCCUUCAAUACUAUUGCAUAGAUCAGAUACUGUUCUUCCUCGCAGUGGUCUAUCUAAUGCGAGCAUUGACCCGAUUGUACCUCAGUCCGAAAAUAGUUCAGCUGACCAAGGAAAAGCUACACUGA